GCCCACCGGAAACGGUCUCUGCAGUGCCAGCAGAAAAUGAAAAGGAGGCGGACUCGACAUCUCUUUUAUUGAGUUUAUUUCUCAUAUAGAUUAUCCUGCCUGUUUGUGUUUUGAAUGCCACAGUCGUGCGGAGACACCCGGUGGCAUGACUGGACUCUUGAGUGCGCGGUUUGAUGAAGUAGUGCGCCGCCUGAGCUGGAAACAUCGCGCCGGCCGAGAGUAGAGCUGUGUGGGUGAAGGCAGAGUGGUCCUGCCUCCUUCAAUGACCAACCUUCAGUGCUGGCGAUAAAAGCUUCGCUGGCGACACCGCGAACAUGGAAGGCUACCAUGAGUACCCUUAAUUAGCUAGGUUGCUGCCCAGCUCUUAGCCCGUAGGAUAACGGUUUCACUAUGGCCGACCGGCGGUGCUCCAUGCGCCUUUUAGUCGCCUGAUAUUAACCCGACAGGCCUGCUUUUUCCAUCUGGAAGUUUCUUGGCAGGGGAAAGCAGGCCAGCUAGCAUCGCUAGCGUUUGCCUUUUCCGUGCUGCAUCUUUGGGCUUUAACGGUGCAGAUUUGCCCAUGACCACACCGUUGACACUGCAGUCCAACAAUUCGGGGACUUUUUAAUUCCAAGAAGUAUUUUAUGGGAUUCAUAUCGGCGAAUGAGAGACGGGCCUAAGCCAAGAUGGUGAACUGGAGGCGGCUGCUGCGAAUGUCCAACCGAUCGUUUCUGGCCUUCAUAUUCUUCUUCUCCAUGUCCACCACUUGUCUCUACUUCAUUUAUGUGGCUCCUGGAAUAGCCAACACGUACUUCUUCAUGGUGCAGGCUCAGGGCAUCAUGUUGAGGGACAACGUGAGGACCAUCGGCCAGAUGAUCCGAUUGUACACCAACAAGAACAGUACACUCAACGGGACGGACUAUCCUGACGGCAGUAACUCCAGUGAAUACCUGGUGCAGCCAACCACGUACCUCCCUGAGAACUUCACCUACGCCCAGAACCUCCCCUGCCCACAGCGAUUACCUUCUAUGAAGGGCCUUAUGGAAGUGAACAUGACAGAGAUCCCUAUGGAGGAGAUAGAACUCCAGUUCUCCAAGUUCUUUGACAUGGAGUUUGGAGGCCAUUGGAAACCAAAGGACUGCAAACCUCGCUGGAAGGUGGCCAUCCUGAUUCCAUUUAGAAACCGGCAUGAACAUCUCCCCAUCCUCUUCCAACACCUCAUCCCCAUGCUGCAGAGACAGCGGCUGCAGUUUGCCUUCUACGUCAUCGAACAGAGCGGGAGCCAGCCCUUCAACAGAGCCAUGCUGUUUAACGUGGGCUUCCUGGAGGCCAUGAAGGACCUGGACUGGGACUGCCUGAUCUUCCACGAUGUUGACCACAUCCCCGAGAACGACCGAAACUACUACGGCUGUGGUCAGAUGCCACGCCACUUUGCUGCCAAGCUGGACAAAUACAUGUACAUUCUUCCAUAUAGCGAGUUCUUUGGCGGGGUGAGUGGACUCACUGUGGAGCAGUUUCGCAAGAUUAAUGGCUUUCCCAAUGCAUUCUGGGGCUGGGGAGGAGAGGAUGACGACUUGUGGAACAGGGUUCACUAUGCUGGUCUGAAUGUCACGCGACCGGACGGAGAGAUCGGCAAGUACAAGUCCAUUCCUCACCACCACAGAGGGGAGGUGCAGUUCCUUGGGAGGUAUAAACUGCUGAGGUAUUCCAAAGAGCGCCAACACCUGGACGGCCUCAACAACCUCCACUACAGCCCCCACAUCUCCCUCAGCAGCCUCUACAAGAACGUCACGGUGGAGCUGUCCCCCGAGCUCGCCCCCAUCAUAGACUACUGAACUGCCCCCAGCCCCUCCUCCACACCCCCCAGGCCACCCAGCUCCCCUCCGGCCUGGCCUCCCAGCGUUCAGCCGUUCAGAGGCGGAGAGGAGGGGGUGCACAGGCCGGGAGGGGGGACGAGGCGCACCAUGUAAUGCUGCCAAGAAAUCUUAGCCAGGAAAAAAAAAAGAGAAAAGAAAAUCCAAACCGAAAAAAUGAUGAAGAGGCAGUGGCAAGUCUCUCAAAGUGUGUGUGUGUGUGUGUGUGUGUGUGUGUGUGUGUGUGUGUGUGUGUGUGUGUGUGUGUGUGUGUGUGUGUGUGUGUGUGUGUGUGUGUGUGUGUGGCGUUGCAUGUCUUUUUGUCUGUGCCGGCUUAGCUACUACAGGUUGACAUAAUUGUGUGUAGGUUGGAGGGCGCAGCAGCAUCUCACUCUGAUGUUUACUGCAAAGCCUUAAUGUGGCAGAACCACAGCUGGCUCGGCUCGGCUCGCACUGCUUCACUUCUCAUGUAUCACUGUCACCUUACAAGCCAACAGACAAGCUUUUUCUACUAUCAUUUGUUUUCUACAUAUCAUUUUGUUGGGCCACAGUAUUCCUUUGAAAGAGGGAUCUGAGUGAGGGUGACAUUAAUGUUUGUGAUGUAAAAAAAAAAAAAAAAAAAUUAUUUUGAUACGUGGUAUUUAUUUCCUCUGAUGCAGGAUGUUGAAGAAGCACUCCUGUCUGUGUUCGCCGUUUGUUUUGCUGCACUGCUGCUGAAUCCGCAUGAACAUGUAUGUAAAUAUCAGCCUCUUAAAGCUCGAACACAGAACACAAAUAUAUGUAAAUAUGAGCCUUUAAAUGCUCGGGCAUAUUACAGUGAUAUUCCAGUGGGUUUGAAUUUUAUUUUGGCAGCUACCUUCGUAGGAUUUAAUAAGAGUGAGUGGUUUCUUCCUGACAGGAAGAUCUUCUAACGAUAAAGUAUGUUUGGCUUAAAAAAAACAAAAACAUGAGUAUCCAAAUGACAUGAUCUUUUGCAUGCCUUAAUUUAUUUUGUUUACCAGAUUUUGUUCUUUUCAAACCUAAAUUAUUUCGUCAGUUAGAGAUGUGUAUAUUCUUAAUUUUGCCUUUUGUUGUGCUUUGAGGUGCACUGUGUGAAAAGAGUGGAGCUGCUCCUCUGUACAGGGCUGUGUCCACGCAACAUGCUUUCAUGUGAGUGUAUAUUUUCUGUCUGAGAUGUGUUUUUAUUUUUUAGAUUUUUGUAUGGUUUUUAUUCUUAUGAUUGAGUGCUGGACCAUGUGACAAAGCUCUUCACUGUACUGUACCAUGCUGAGGCGUGGGGCUGUGUGUUGGACUGUGGCCAGAAUGAGAGAACCUUAGCUGAAGCUACUGCUGUUCUUGAAUGGCACACAAUGGCUGUGAAAAGUUCAACUUCUUUGAGCACUAUAAAGAUGGAGAGAAAUGUCUAGGCACAUCAUUUUUGACCACAUGUUCACUGUUGAAUAUGACCAUGAGUAUGUUUGGACCUUGUCCUCUGGCCAUUUCUGACCCGGAGCUUAAUUCCUGUCCUGUCACACGGUCUCGUCCCGUUACUUGCUUCACACUGUGCCAAGCUGUGGUCCUUGGUCUCCUGUAGAGGAAACGCACAGAAACCACAGCAGCUGUGUGCGGCUGUAAAUAUCUCUCGCUGUCAUGAGUCGUACUUUUUAACGUAGUACAAAUGUCACCACGACGGUCCAUUUGUUACCUGUUCUGGAGGCGGAGUUGGCCCUGUUGUCAUGGAGUUGAAGGACAGAUACCUGUGCCAAUGAAGAUCAUGUGAAGUGAUUGAAGGCUCUAGAUUAGCUACUAAAUGGUCCUCGUGGUAAGGACUGAAUUAAAAAUUGUAUUAAACCACAGAUGGAUGCCGCGAGUCAUUUCAAUGUCGAUUCAUUGAUUGACAGAAAGUGAAUCUGCAACUAUAAGUCAUUUUUAAGAAGUCCACCUUCUCAAAAUCGUGAAUAUCUUUUUUUUUUUUUUUUUUUUUUUUUUUUUUUUUAAUGACGAUUAAGUGAAUAUCUUUUGGGUUUAGACAAAACGGGCAAAUUAAAAUGUGAUGCUUGGUCAACGUGAUUGACCAAGCACCCUGGCGCGCCUCUGCGUCAAUAUGACAUGCUCCCACUAAGGGAGUAUUAGCCCCAUCUUGGACCUGUCAGAAGACACCGCAGUGUCGGCCUGUGUCUCCUGUCCCAACCAAUAGGCUAAUACAAAAGGUGACGCUGUGUGAAAGAAGACGUGUACGCGUGUUUCACUUCACCCAUGGCCUCGUCACCAAAGGGCUGAUUGCACCGCGUUUCCCACGGUGCUUCAGUGGUACUUUAAUGACUCGCGGUCCUGUCUGAAAGCCGGACACACCACACCACAGCUGAUGAGACGACAGAUGGAUGGAGGUUUUAGGUAGGAAAUGGCCAGAGCAAUGUUUCUCAUUUCUUUUCUACAGUUUUCGAGCAUUACAUGGCAGUCAGUACACCAGGUCUCUCCACAAAAACACUGCAAGGCCUUCUGGGAAAGUCUUAAUGCCACGGUGGAUAUAUCCUGACCUCACCUGCCCCACCUCUCUCCCAGAGGCCCUUGCAGCAGCGGUCGCCAUGUUUACAGUGUUGCCGCUACACACCCCUUUAACACCGGUAAGACGUGGCUCUGAGGCCGUGCCAUUUCCUGUCUGGAGAACAGUGUUGGUGUUACGCCUUUCUUCGCUCAGUACCACAUGAUGAGCCCUGUUUCCAGGUGAUUCGACUGUGGUGUGACUGUAGCAGGAAGAGGAGUAUUACUGAGCAACGGCUGCUCACUUCAUCUCAUUAUACUCAUGACUCUUGGUGCUCAGCAGCUUAGGGUCAGGUGCAGUGUUGAGCAGCUGAGGCCAAACAUGUCUCCAUCACAAAGUGUUGAAUUUCACAAAGUGACUCGCAGGUUUCUUUGACACCUUGUGCUUUAAUUCCCUCCCUCUGUCUAAUUCAGAGUGGAGUAAUUAAGAAGAGCGUUUCCCAGCAGGUAGCGGUGUUAGCAGAUGGUGUGACAAAGUAGUCAGCAUGUAGCACUUCACAUCAGGCUACAUUCCAUUACUCUGCUUAGUAUCUCAUUUGGUCCAGAUGACAAGUGCUGAACUGGGAAAUAAUCUCUGGGUCUCGGAUUGGUUGUUAAAUAGUUUGUGUUUGGUUCUUGGCUCUGAUGAGUGUUGGGUGUCGGGUCAGUGGGCCCCAGUGUGAGCCCAGGUGGACUCCACCUUUCCCUGCAACCCUGACUAUCUGAAAUCUGACAGCGUGCAGAUGCUGUGUUCCCCAUUGUAUUCCAUUCUGCAGUAUUUAUUUGUGCCUUGAGUUCUUUUUCACUUUACAUUCUAAAUGCAGAGAUUACAAAUCUUGUUUUCUUGAAUAGUCACUGUUCUGUCCCCUUCAUAUUGAUCGUAUUACGUCAAGUCUGAGUGUGAAAUAUGUUCAUGAUAAGAAUCCAUCAGAUCUGCUGGUGUUGAUGGCUUCCCUGACAUCAUGUGUAAUAAUCCUCUGUGGCUGCCGGUGGUUCCUGUUCAACAAAAGCUCUGCCGGUCUGCACGCAGCCUGAGCUGCAAGGGAAACCCAUACCAACCAAACCAACUGUCCUCCAAAAGAAACGAACACAAGCACAUAUCCUUCUAUCAUCAAGUUCAAGCACAACUUGCUGAAGCCAAUGGCACCCUGCCACUUCUUUUACAGCCUCCAAUCUGCAUGGCCUGGCCUACGAAUCCAUUUGCGGACAAAUUAAUGUAAUUCCAUCUAGUUUCCACGUGCAUGAGGACACGGCGGCUUUGCUUUUGUGAACAGCGCUGCAGGCACCAUGUUGCUGCCUGGACAUGUUUUACAUUACUUUCAUUAUGAUGACAUUGUAUGGAAAUGUUUUGUUGUAUUUCUUUGACUCUCAAAAGUGUUCAUAAUUAAGACCUGUCUGAUGAAUCGAUAUGUACCGGCCACCGAUGGAUCAGCUUAUAGUAUUGCUGGUAGAUAGAAAUGCCUGAGUAUACAGUAUAUGCUUCAAAUCAUUCAGAAACAGUAUUCCUGUUGCAUAAUUUGUCCACCAGAUGGCGGUGACAAGUUUAUUAAUGGACUGCAAAAUGUCCUGCUCAAUAUAUCUGGUCCCAAUUCUUUAAGAAUCUCUAUACAAAAUAUUUAUCACGAGGUGUGCACACUGGAAUUUAUGUGGCCUCCAUCUGCGAAUGGAAUUUCCAUUUACAACAUAAAGAUGAGAGUAGAGCUGAUAAUCGUCGGAUAUCGAUAUAUUGCAGAUGGUCCGGCUGUAUAUGGCAGCCACCAAGAACUGGGCUCAGACAAAAUGCCAAAGAUAUUAUUAUAAACUUUGCACCACACGGUCCAUUAGUAGCUUUCUGUCUCGAGCUUUCAGCCAACGCGAGUCUUAAAGUAUUAAAAAUACUAAAAGUUAAAAAAUACUGUACAUUUUGCAAACGUCAUCUGCUGAGGAAGAUCAUGUCCUACAGUUGAAAGCUCCAGAACAAGCUACCAGCGGACCUUUUUGGUGAGAAUCCAAGAACAAGUUGCCCAAAAUGUUUGAAUUUCUUUAGACACAGUGUUGCCUUUACAUCGUUUGUGCUGACAAGUUAAUGUCUCACCAUGUGUUAUCAAGGUUUUAUAAUAAUCCAAUAUAGAUAUCAGUAUCUGCCUCACAUUCCAGUAUUAGUCAGGCUCUAACUAAGAGCUGAACCUUCAUACAACUGAAUUAACCCCAUCCGCGCCUGAAAGCCCAGAAAAUGUCCAGUAAGUUGACUUUGUGCUAAGAAUUUAGUUUUUGUCCAAGGUCAGUCAAAACAAACCAGCUGAUAUAUUAUUAUCAGAUUUGUGGCUCACAGUUCUUAAUAAGUUGGUGUUGUAAACACCUUAUUUUGGCCACUUAUUGUGUAUUUGCUGAACAAAAGCUGAACUCCCCACACACACACACACACACACACACACACACACACACACCACACAAGUCCUAUCAACCGCGAGCUGUAACGGAUGUUCUAUGAUACUAUGUCCUGAUCAUCUGAUCACCAAGUUCUGUGUUCCACAUGAGUCCAUGUUGAAGAAGCUGAGCCAAACCUGUGAACAUGUUGAUGUAGCACUCCUCCCCCCCCCCAGGUUUCUGCAGUCUCUGCUAACAGACAGUAUAAAACAGUUUGAGUCUGGUGUUGAAUUGUUACUUUGUAAAGUUUCUUUUCGUUGUCAACAGGAGACAAAAUAAACAUUUCAUUGCCAUAUUCUUGAAACUGA